GGCGACAUGGGCAUCGAGUGCCUUGGAGGCAAUAUGCAGCGCUGGCAGCGUGGUUCCUGCUGCUCUUGUUGCAGUACUGCGUGGUGCGCAUGGUCUGCCAGUUUGGUGUUCCCCGCGAUUGUCAUCCGGACACCCGGCUCUUGGAGGUGGUUUACGACUUCCAGGUGAUGUUCGUCAUGGGCUUCAUGCUGGCUGUCCUCACCGGCGUGCACUUGCCAGACAGGUUUGCCUAUCUUUUCCGUUUCCGGAAGCCGCGGCCCCGCGGCUUCGCCUUUGUGGGGAUCAUGCUGCUCAGCGGGCCUGCUUGGGGCUCCCUUGACUGCGUGGAGGAGCUCUCCAGGAUAUCUUUCACAAGCGCCUACUUCCGCAACGGCGGAGCCAAGAGCCUCCUCAUCGCCGGCGCAAUCUUUGCAGCCGCGCUCGGCCUACUGCUUUGGCACUUCGUUUGUGCUUUCAAGCACAAUCCGCUCUCAGGAUUUCUAGCGUACUGCUGCUCCAGACUGUCUGUGUGGCUCUUCUACGGCUUCUACCUCUUCGUUGCGUCGCAAACUGCGGGUGUCUACGUCCACCUGCAUCAUUACAUCAUCGGCUUCCUUGUCGCCUUGCUUGCGGAGUUCAAUCACCCCAUCUCCUUAGUUCUGCUUGCAGCAGGCACCGGGGUUUUCGUCCAAGGCAUUGCUGCUUACGAUGCCGAUCCCGUCAUUGUGAAGCAGCGGCUCCUCCUGUUCUGA